GCAGUACUGUUGUCGGGGAACGGCGUGAGAGAUUUGAAGCUGCGAGCGCUGGCGGCAGGGAAGGCGCUGGCCUCGCUGCUGCCGCUGCAUCGCAAUGUAACAGUAGUAACAGCAACGGUCUACAACCCAUCCGUGGCGAAAGUCCCUCCACUUUCGCCUGUUUCGCCGCAAAUGGUUCAAGGGAGCUCGUGGCUACCUGUGCUCUGGUCACCCUCCUGUCCUGCAUUCUCCUCCUCGACCUCAGCAGCCCCUCGAGCUUGUCACCCUCCGCCUUAAUCACACCUACAACAGCCUUCUUCCGUUUCGGCGCGGGCAGCUCCAAAGUUCUCCGCUGCCCGGUCGAAAUGAGCUCUGUCGUCCUCAAGCCCACCCUCGGAACCGACUCUGAGUUCUUGCGUCCUGUCCCUUGGGCGCCACUACCCGGAAAAUUCCUCCUGGCAACAUGCAUGCAGGGGCAGCUAUCGAACCGCCAUCUGUGCGUGCAUAAAUCUCUCCUCCUCGCGAUGCUCCUUAAUCGCACGCUUCUCGUUCCGCGUCGUGACAUUUGCUCGUCCUCGAAGCCCCACUGGCGCUACGAUCUAUCCCGGACUAUAGACUUGGGCCACUUGGGCCGGUGCUUUAUGGGGGUAGGCGGGGAAAACCGGGGAUCAACAGGCGCGGGAGCAGCUGCAGCUACAUCCUCAGCAGGAGAAAAACCAGGCGACUACAGUUCCUUUAAGGAAGCAAUCCCGGGAGUGAUGUCGCUGGACGCCUAUCUGGCGGCGCACAACAGCAGCGUUCUAGAGGUUGACGAGCUCGCAUGUGGGCUGGUCCCGGACCCCUCCGCCUGUUUCAGGCUCCCCAAGUGCAGCAAACGCCUCAACCUCACACCCAUCACCUUCCCCUCGAAUAUCUCUCCUGCGCUGCUCCCCCAAGGUCGGCUUGCUGACCUGGCAGCCAGGCUGGCAAUAUCUGCUCCCAAUACUGUCACUGCUCGGGUCCUUUGCCUCGGGGACCUCUUUGGAUUGCACACAGAGGAGUUUUCUCAGAACACUGCCUUCCUGCCGCCGGCGUUUCUUCCCACGUCCUGCGGUCUGCCCCUUCGGCCGCCUGCUGCUGUUGUGGAUGCUGCUGCUUGGUUCAUGCAGGAGUAUCUGGGGCGGGACUUUGCGGCUCUGCACUUGCGGCGAACGGACUUCUUGCAGCGCUUCUUUGAGGGGAAAGAUGCUGAUUACUGCCCUCUUGUCACCAUUGCCGAGUGUGUGGUGGAGAGAAUCAGUGCAGCCAAUAGAGCUGCAGCAGCUGAUGCGGGUAUUGCUGAUGAUGGCGAUGGUGAGGGUGAUGGUGUUGGUGGGCUUGCUUCGUUUGCUGGAACCUCCUAUGAAGGACGGCCGAUUCGCAUUGUCUUAUUUUGCACGGAUGCAGGCGGGGCGCAGGUAAAGGCUCUCUCGCGCCUUCUAGAGUACCAUGGAAUCGUUUUAAUCCGCGUGAACAUGCUUGACGACCCUGCUCUCCGGUCCUCCGGAGUGGACCAAAGUGUGGCCAACUCCCCUGAUGCGGCAGCCAUGGUCGAAAAAGUAAUUGCUGCUAAUUCCCGACUCGCGUUGUACGCCCGCGGGUCUAGUUUCUCUGGACAAAUUAGGUAUUUGAGGGAGAGCAUGGGGCUUGAGAGUUGCUGGGAUGGGAUUGUCUGUGAAGGAAGGGCUGGUGGAUCACUAUCGUUGCCAGAAGCCCUUACAAAGCAAUGAUAUGCCAGGCUGCCAUGACAAAUUUGCUUCUGUUGUCAACUUAUACAU